AUGGAUCAUCUCAGCGUUCGCGCCACUGUGGACCUGAUGAUCCUAGACUACCUGCUUGCUCUGUCCAUCAGUGGAAUAGUCUCAGUCAUAAAAAAGGAAAAGACGCAUGAAGAGGUGAACUGGAUGGUAGAGUCGGCUGAAAACUUCCGUGGACUCAUUGCGCUUCACCAGAUCCGAUCUCCUUUGCCCUGGGAUUUGGACAUCAAAUUGCGUAUCUUCCAUGUCGUCAACCUCUUUCGCUUCUGGGAGCCCCCCAAGGAUCAUGCCCUGGAUAACUUCGUGCCCCUGUCUGAUAUCGGUGUGAAGUUUAUGAACCUCUGUCGAUUCGCACGCGACAAUGUCUCCUGGACCCGUUGGUUCGACCUCGGAGCCCGGUUCAUGAUCCAUGCGAUCAUUGAAGAAGGGGAGCGAUUGCCAGAGCCUCUGAACAAACUGCGCAACUGGGAAACCAAGACAAACCCCAUCGAUGCGCACUGGGAGGUUAGUCGUACCUUGUUUCUGGAACACAUGCCAUCCCCGUAUGGCACCACAGGUCCAGCCACCCGAGAGCAACUGGAUACGCUGUUCCCUCUCUCGGAACUCGACUCGGAAUUCAUCGGGUUUGUGGAAGAUUUUAUGGACAUACUUGACGCGCCGCUCUUACUCCAACUGGAACAGGGCCAGCUGCAGGGAUGGACCCCCGAGGAGACUCGGCGCAUUCGACUGGAGUGCCUGCGCACGCUCUAA